UUUAAUAUUUGUUAUUUUGUUUGAAUAGCGGUGUGCAAAUGUGUUUUAUAGUGUUUGCUGUGUGUGGUUUAUAUUUCGGUUUCUGUUUUUAGUUACCGAGAUGAAUUAUGAAGCGGAUAGGGCCAUGAAUCAGAAACGUUUGCGAAUGGAGGGCGAACCGGGGCACGGUGUUGUUCAGGGGAAUGGUUUGCCGCUAAAUUAUAUAGAUAAUGGCCACCAAAUACCGUACCAGCCUUAUGCAGGGGCGUACAAUACCCACUACCCACCUCCAGAUGCAUUUGCAGCAUACGGACCACCUCCGUCCGGGGGUUACGCGCCCCAGAACCUGUCGUACGCGCCGCCGGCCCACCAGAACUACCCCCACCAUCAGUCCUUUCCACCACAACAGCCCCAAGCUCAACUCCAUAUGCCCCAGUCUCAUAUGGGUAAAUAUAUCCAAGGUUACGGAGAUGUAGGCGUGCACAAACCGGCGUGGCCGCCCCAGACCCAUCUGUUACCACCACUCGACACCCAGAAACCACUGGACGUGAAGCAGCUAAAGCCCGAAAUCAAGCUAGAACCCGCCGAUUCGCAGAAGAGACCGCAUCCGGAGAAUGAGAUGAUGGGCGGGGACAUGGAUCAACCUAAAAUUAAGAUCAAGACUGACAUCUUCAAGCCUGAUGACUUGGCGCACAGACCUCCAGUCGAAAAACCACUUGAAAAUGUUCAAAAAUCUUUGGAGCCCCACAAAUUGGAUCAACAGAAUAAAGAUGAAGUCCACCUAGCUAGUGAAGCGAAGGCCGUGGAUAAACCUACAGAGGCUAAGGCGGAAGUGUCGGCGGAGCGCGUGACGGAUAAUCAGCGACCGCCCGAGCCGAAAACACCCACAGCCGAGAAACCUGUGGAAGAAAGGAAACCGUUCAGUAGUCCAGAAAUAUCAAAAUUAGCAAGUACACCGGGCAAGAUACCCACGCCGGGCUCUGAG